AUGACAGACUUAGGCUUAAUGAAUUAUUUCCUAGGGAUGGAAGUUCAUCAAGCUGAAGAUGGAAUCUUCAUCUCUCAAAGGAAAUAUGCAAAUGAUGUUCUUAAGAAAUUCCAUAUGCAAAACUGCAAGCCAGUCAGUACACCUCUUGUAGUGAAUGAGAAGCUGUCCAGAGAUGAUGGUCAAAGGCAAGCUGACACUAGGCAGUACAUGAGCUUAGUUGGAAGUCUACUUUACCUAACAGCCGCAAGGCUGAUGUUCGCAGCAAGUUUGCUUUCAAGGUUCAUGAGUGAACCAAGUGAUGUUCAUAUGGGUGCUGCCAGAAGAGUGCUCAGGUAUAUAAGAGGAACUUCAGAUUUUGGUGUUAUGUUUAAUGCAAGUGAAAACUCCAAAUUGUUGGCAUAUUCAGACAGUGACUGGGGUGGUUCAAACGAUGACAUGAAAAGUACUCUGGGAUAUGUUUUUUCACUUGGAUCUGGAGUGUUUUCAUGGAUUUCGAAGAAGCAAGAAGUAGUAGCUCAAUCCACAGCUGAAGCCGAGUACAUUGCAGCAUCGGCAACUGUUAAUCAAGCUGUGUGGCUCAGGAAAAUACUGACUUAA